GGUACCCCUCUUAAGAAUCCUGAAAGUAUAAGCGUUUUGGUUCGUUAAGCAACCGAACAUCACAACUCACAAGCAAGAGGCCUUUAGACAGAGAAAGUUGGAAGUUUUGUUGAGAGCGAAUUGAAGAUAUCGACUGAGCUCAGUGGAGCUAACAGCAUAAAUUUUGUGGUCUGAUUGGGGAAGUAGCUAGUCCACUUCUUUGUCUCUGUUGGAGUAGCUAACGAUAGAUGGGUUCACUGUCGGAGCCUCAACCCGAGAUAAACGAUGAUAAACCCUGUGGAAUCCGGAUCUUAGAAUGCUCAAAGAAGUCAAAACUUUCCUACAAAACACAUCAAACCAUUGUCUUGAUUGUAACGUUUCUUGCAUACGCUAGCUACCAUGCCUCGCGAAAGAGCACAAGCAUUGUCCAGAGCACUCUUGAUCCCCUGUCAUCGGAUGUUGGCCUGAAAGUCAUCCCUUGGGGGAAAAGAUUUACACGGGUCCUUGGAGAUGGUUGGGCUCCAUUUAAUGGAUCAGAUGGCACUGCAUUGCUGGGUGAAAUUGAUGUGGCAUUUCUUUCUGCAUAUGCCAUUGGAAUGUUCUUUUCUGGGCAUUUAGGGGAUAGAAUGAAUUUAAGAUACUUUUUAACAGUAGGAAUGGUGGGAACUGGACUAUUUACCUCACUUUUUGGAGUCGGAUAUUGGUUGAAUAUUCACAAUUUUUACUACUAUUUGGCAAUACAAAUGCUCGCUGGUCUGUUCCAAUCAAGUGGAUGGCCUUCGGUUGUUGCAGUGGUUGGGAACUGGUUUGGGAAGAGCAAAAGAGGUCUAAUAAUGGGUAUAUGGAAUGCUCAUACUUCAGUUGGGAACAUUUCUGGUUCUUUGAUUGCUUCUGCCUUGUUAUCCUAUGGAUGGGGUUGGUCCUUUGUUGUUCCGGGCCUCAUUAUCGCCUUUGUUGGCUUGGUAGUAUUCCUUUUACUGCCUAUUAGUCCAGAAUCUGUUGGAGCAGAUAGAGAUGAAGAUGACGAAUUACACUUCUCCAGGAAAUAUGGAGAGGAAGUAACCGAGCCCCUGCUGAGGGCGGAUUCAGAGGUUAUGGAGAAUGCUGUUGGGUUCAUAGAAGCAUGGAGAAUCCCCGGUGUUGCUACUUUUGCGUUUUGCCUGUUCUUUUCCAAAUUGGUCGCAUACACAUUCCUCUAUUGGCUACCUUUCUACAUUAGCCACACAGCCAUCGAUGGCAAGUAUUUAUCAAGUGAGACUGCCGGAAACUUGUCAACAGUGUUUGAUGUGGGAGGAAUACUUGGAGGGAUUCUAGCUGGUCACAUUUCUGAUCGACUAGAUGCUAGAGCCAUAACAGCAGCAAGUUUCAUGUACUGUGCCAUCCCCAGUCUGUUCUUCUAUCGUUACUUCGGGCACGUUUCCUUGGCUCUAAACGUGGUUUUUAUGUUCAUUUGUGGCUUGUUUGUAAAUGGACCUUAUGCCCUCAUAACAACAGCUGUCUCAGCUGACCUUGGAACACAUAGUUCAUUGAAGGGGAACUCGCGAGCAUUGGCAACUGUGACAGCAAUUAUAGAUGGAACAGGCUCUAUUGGUGCAGCAAUUGGACCAUUAUUGACUGGUUAUAUCUCCGCUACGAGCUGGAGUGCAGUUUUCACAAUGCUAAUGGUAGCAGCACUGGUUGCAGGCCUGCUUCUGACCAAGCUUGUUGUGGCUGAAGUUGGUGCAAAGAUUUCAGAAUCACGGUCUCGAGGAGCACCAUCAAGAUCUCCUACUGCAGCCCUUGUGUGAUUACUUAGAGAGAUGUUAUUUAUGCUGGUUUUGCGUGAUUCCAGUUUGUAGAUGGCCUUAGCUCAUAAAUUUCCUCUGGUAAUGCAAGAGGGUCGGCCUUUCUGAGGUUCUCCAUGAUUUUAAGCACGCGGAGCAGAAAGUCGCUAGAGGACGAAGGGAGGCAUGUUGUUGUCUGUAUGUUUGUACAUUCAUAUUGUUCAUAGCAAUUCAUGUUACAGCGUCAUCCAGAAGGAUGGCUUAUCAGAAUUUUUGAUAUCAUUUUCCCAUAUCCAUAAUGUCUAAAGAUUGAUUUGAUUUUGGCGAGAACCACAA